ACGGCUGUUACGGAGCAAAGACGACGACUGGUUUGCAACAACCCUCAUCACGUCCCUAACCAAAAACUCUACACAAGGCAAUGACUUCCCUUCUGCAGUCGAUUCGUGCUCUGCGUAACAGCCAGACCGCCAAGAACCUUGCGGAAUGGCACCACAACUUGAUGGGGUACCGGAAGAUGGGUUUGCGCUACGAUGACCUCAUUCCUGAGGAGAACGAAGUUGUCCAGGGUGCUCUUAACCGCCUCCCUCCCAAAGAGUACCACGACCGUGUCUUCCGGCAGAGGAGGGCGAUCAACCUUUCUGCUCAACAGUCCGAGCUCGAACCCAAGGAAUGGACCAAGCCAGAAGAGGACGUACGAUACUUGACGCCUCUUGUCCAACAAGUUGAAAACGAGAUUGCCACCAAGCAGGCUUUCGACAACUUGGUCACCAUCCCCGCGGCAUUGAAGAAGCGCAACACCAGCUCCGUUUAAGUAAGCCUAUGAUGAAACGGGAUGCGCGAUGAUAUCACACUGUUCGUUUUUAGACCAUUGCUAAUAAUAUAUGUCUCCCACUUGUACCUUGCCAUUCGUAGCCUUAUGUGGCGAGUUUGCUGAGAAACUGGACUUGUAGUAGGAAGACUAAUUUCUCGAGCCAAGUGUCUCGAGUCAAGCGACAUCUGAUAAUGUACCAGCAUAUUUUCGACGUCUACUGUUUUUUUAAUGUAUCCACAAUACAUUCCCCGACCUUGGACGUGUUUACAAAGUG